AGGAGCAAAGGUUGGCGUCUUCGCUCUUAGACUGUCGUCGGAGGGGCAAGCGACAUCAUGACGGUGGGAGCCAGGCUCCGAAAUAAGGCGGCGAACAGCUUCCCUCUCCGCCGGCCCCUGGGACGAGCGCGGACCCAGAGGGACGAGGACACGGACGCCAUCCUGGAGCACCUGGAGUGCGGGGACGAAGCCGCCGAGAGCGAGGCGGGCGGGCGGCGCGCGGGGAACCGCAGCGCCAGGAGGGUGCACCUCGCCGUCCUGCCCGAGCGCUACGAGCCGCUGGAGGAGCCGGCACCGGGCGAGAAGCCCAAGAAAAAGUACCGGCAGAAGCUGAAGAAGUACGGCAAGAAUGUCGGGAAGGUCAUCACCAAAGGAUGUCGCUACAUAGUCAUCGGCCUGCAAGGAUUUGCAGCGGCCUACUCUGCCCCUUUUGGAGUAGCCACCAGUGUGGUAUCCUUUGUGCGUUAACAAGAGCCACCGGCGCAGGCACCACAAGAAGGAAUAGAAGCCUCAGCUCCCGGAACAGUGCAAACCCAGGAGCAUUUCAGACUUGAACUCACAGAAAAACUUAGAAGAGAAAAAAAAAAAAAAUGUCUUUCUUUGUUGAAUUGGAAGAAUGUUCUGAUGGUGCCAUCCCCGGCCAACUGCUGAGCUUUUCACAUCUCUUGGACACGGGUGGAUCCGGUAGUCAAUCCUGCAGAGAAUUAGGCCAGGUUAAGUUUGGGGAUUAGAGUUAGUUUGCAUUGUAUAAAGGUGAGAGCUUCACGUGAAGGUGACAGGGACAAGGAUGGAGACAGACACUUGACAGAUAUGAGCAGAUGAUAAUUUUGAGCAGGAAAAACAUAUGUUGACCUGGGAUCAGAGGGUUUUCUAGAUUCUCCUGCAGAGGUUCUGGCUGACAGAACCUUUUACAGCCUUAGGCUGCCUCAUUUCUGCUGGCAGCAAAGGAGCUGUUUAUUUCCAAAGUCAUUCUGCCCCAUCUCUUUCCUCUACCAGUCUGUCACCAGGAGUUUAAUUACAGUCUUGAAGAAGGAAGAAAGGGGGGGAAAAAGUCUCUUUAAAUUCUAUGAUGCUUUGAAAACUGUGUACACAGUUGUGUCACGACUGUUUAAAGUAGAUAAAAUCACGUCACUUUUACCCGUCUCUGCACAGAUGAGCAACUGGCAUUGAGGAAAGGAGGAAGGGCAGUUUGGACACAGGCUGGGUGGCCGGGACAGCUGGUUUGAGGGACUGCACCUGAUUCAUCCCAGACCAGCUUAGCCACAUGUUUGGAGCUGGCCAGAUCCUCCUGCAAAUGUGUGGCUGGCUCAUCAUAGGCCUCCUAGCUGCAUCAGGUCCCUCCUGACAGCUACUCAGCUGCUCCUCUAUGUCAGGCCAAUGAAGGGUGCUUUGUCCUGAACACAGGGGAGGAGGAAAAGAGAGAGGGAGACACAAACCCUGGGAAAGAAAGUGUAGAUUAAAUGAAGAAACCGUUAAGUAGGAGACAGGGGUGAAGGAAGUAGAAACAGGGUGAGAAGGAUAUUGGAAGAGACCGCUGGAAGUCAGGAGUCAGGUCUGGGUGCUCAGUGGUGGGGAAUCUCAAAAGGGCAGAGCCUUUGGCCCUAAGUAGGAACAAAGGAAAGCUGGGUGGUGAAGGGUGCCAUGGUGGUGUUUAAAACCCGUCUGGGGCCAGUGGUGUGGGUUUGCUUGUAGAAAUGUCCGGAACUGUUCUGCUCUGUCUGCAAGAUCAGUGGCAACCCAUUACCCCAGGAGGUUUCCCAGGGCAUAACAGGGAGACCUUCACACUCUUGCCUCAUGCAUCCAGCCCCACCAGGAGGCACUGAGAGGUGGAGAACACAGGAAGACAGACAGGUGGACAGAAAAAGGCAUGGGUGGAAGAGAAAGUGGUCGCUAUAAGGCUGGACUCAGCUUCUCUUUCUAGAGGCUCAUGUUGAAGAUACACAAGGGCCCAAUGAACAUUUGUGAGGAAAAGAGUAAACAGUCUUGUUUUAGCCCAAAUGGUGAAAGUUGAUAAUGGCAUAUUUUCACAUGUGAGAUUAUGAUAGCUUGUCUGGCUAACACUGGCAUGGGAGAAAAGGAGAGACAGACCCAGGUAGAGGAAAAUGCUGUGGCUGAAGGAGAGACAGUCAGGACCUGUGAGGGUUUCUGGUCACAGGAAGUGAAGGCAGGAGAAUGGGAAGUGUGCUUCAGAGAAGGGACCAGGGCUGCUGGGGCCUUUUCUUGCCUGACAAGUCUGUCCAAGGAAGAGCUCCUCCUCAACCCCCAAAUUGGAAAAAACUGCAAGGUCAAGCGUAUCUGGCCCUAGUUAAGAAUUAACUCAGGAAUGUCAAAAGUCGAAAGCUCACAGGGAUUGACCUGGGAGUCAGGUUCAAGUAUGCAGAGAUGGACUUCAAACCCUCUCCCAGCCUGUGUGGUCAUUUCCCCUAUGGUGGGCAGGGCUCCGGGAUGUUCUCAUAAUCAGUUCUUUGAAUUUAAGAAUUUGCAUCAUGUUGCAAAUUACUCUUUUGUCUUUUCUUUCUCAUUUUUUUUUUUUUUUUUUUUUUUUUUUUUUUUUUUUUUUUGGGGCCACACCUUACUGAGAAUUAAAUUUUAGAGCUUUCCCUUUACUGGCUCAACCAAGAGGCUUCUUUUGUAUCCCUUUCUUGCCCUGUGAUGAAAAUAAAAAUCCCAGCUUGUUUAUUGUUU